CCGUGAUAGCCAGUUUCGCGCGUUUUCUCACAUCAGUCUCGGUCCACCCGCGCGCGGGUUUUGAUUCGCGUCUCGUGUCGUUGCUGGGACGGUUGGCGUGGCGGCUUAUCGCGUUUGCGACUAACGAAUUCGACAAACGGCCGGUUGUUUCGUAUCACGAGGCAUGAGUGUGCUCGGUGCGUCCGGAGACGUGACACGUACAUAAACGUUUGCCAUCGUCACGAAGUGAGUGUUAUUGUUGGUUAUUUCGCGCGGGAAAAUAACCAUUGUCGCGACAUCGUCGAGCACCGUGUCCAAGUAAAUUAGUCUCAAUUUAUUUGUUAAGUGUGAAGUGAUGUGCGGAAGUUUCCCGAUCUUAUCGAGCUCUCUUUAAAAAAGAGUCCUGUUUGCAGUUCAUAAACACCGUAUAAUCAUCACCUUCGACUGGAUCACGAGAGAUCGCUAAAGGCCUCGACGUUCUUCGCGAGACGUCAACAACGUUUCGCGCUCAAUUCAUCAGGUAACAUCGAUUCAUCGAGACAUCGCGUUUCAUUUGCCACGCAAUUCGGCUCGUCGAAUUACAAGAGAACGAUUUGCGCUGUCACAUAAAAUCCACGCAAAGUAACAUCGUCGUAAUCAUCGAGAUGGAAGGAAGAUCCUCUCUCAGAGAGCUCGGCGAGAGAUCAAUCGGAAUGGAAGUGUCGCCGAUGUCGAGCAUCGUCAACGACCUGUCUAAAUCGGUACUCAACUCUGGCAAUAAACGUUAUCAUCAACGUUCGAGAGAUACCGUCGGCGCCUUGCAUCUUCCGAACGAUCGAAGGGGCGAAGGAUUCAUAGACGUAUUAACGAAAACGACAUGUCACUCCGAUAUGAUAAACACGGACAUACCGGACUUUUGUAAAAACCAACAUGGACAACGAAAACACGAAUACGGAUGUGACGAAAAUAAGGAGAACCACGAUGCUACCAGCAGCUUAUACAACCCUACUCCACAGAAGGCGUGCAGGAAAAUAGUACGCUGUCCCUUGGAGAACCGCGGCCACAGUAGCAACAGCCUCGGUGCCGGAAGCACAGCGGCACCGCGACGCGUGCUGUACAGUCCUCUGCAAUCACCAGUACUGAAGAAUCCCCGGACUUCUCGGCUGCGCGAUCUGAAGUCGAUGAAACCGAAUUUUCUACGUAGCCUAUCCUCGGGAUACGAGAGCAUGGACGAUGGCCUGGUGAACGAGCUCGUCGAUAUGGAAACGAUGGACGACGAGACGCAAUUACCAAGCGAUCUUUCGAAGCUAUUGUCCGGCGACAUAGUCGUCCCCGAGACGACGAUGGACUGCGACGUCUCAACUACCCCCGAAUGGUCCUCCCGAUCGACCAAUCGAUCGGCCAGAAAACCGUUGACCAAAGAAUGGUCGAUACCGAAGGGAAUACACAAACACUUGGAGAUCAAUACGAAAUCGUCGCCGUUAUCGAAAUCGCCCUCGCUGUCGAAGAUUCGCACCUGUCUGUUUCGCUCGCCGACGACGACUUGCUCGAGGCGGCUGAUGCGGACGUUCAGCUACGACGAGAACUCUCCGACACGUUUCUACCCGGAGAUCUCGUCGCAUUCCGCCAAGUCGGCCUGCAAACGACCACCAGACGAAUUGCCGGAGGACGAGGUGUCGAUCCUGAAGAGGUCACGCAGAUCCAACAGUCUGUGUCUCCAUACGACGCCAGCGAGAUCGGCUUUACUCGCGAGUCCCUCGAUACGUACCACGAAGCAGGGUCUUCAGAGAAGCCUGUCCGAGACCGAGACGAAUACGAAUAUCAAAUGGGCGGUCCACCGCAGCGUCACCGACACCGAUCUCAUCGGCGAUUUCAGUAAACCGUGCAUAUUACCGGUCACGAUGGGCUCUCAUCAGGAUCUAAAAUCCAUCACGUCCGAUACGUUAGCGGCGCUUUUGCGCGGCGAGUUCGCCGAUCGCAUCAGGUCCUACAGGAUCAUCGAUUGCCGAUACCCGUACGAGUACGAGGGUGGCCACAUCGCGGGAGCGUUGAAUCUUUACGACCAGGGGCUCAUCACGCAGAUUCUAUUCGAACCGAUAACGUCGACCGUACCCAAGAUCCAGGCCGACGUUGAGAAACGCGACAUACUUAUAUUCCACUGCGAAUUCUCUUGGGAACGCGGACCGAAUCUCUCGAGAUUCUUGCGCAGAAUAGACCGCGAGUUCAACGGGGAACGUUAUCCGGCGCUAUUUUAUCCGGAGAUCUAUCUUCUGCAAGGGGGUUACGAGAAGUUUUACGGCGAGCAGAAGGAAUUCUGCUUACCUCAGGAGUACAAACCUAUGAGGCAUCCUAAUCAUGAGAGGGAGUUCAGAUUUUUUCGUAGCAAGAGUAAGAGUUGGCAAGGGGACAAGCCCAAAGGGCCCAGUCAGACAGUGCGAUCUCAAACGCAUUUAAAGCGUUUGGGUUUUUAGAUGGACGUUUCUUUUUUAUAUAAUUUAAAAUUUAAGUCGAUCUAAAGUUUAUUGUCUAUUUCUCCCUUUAUACUUACUCAAAAAAAAAAUAUCAAGUUGAAUCUCAGACGUUGAACGUUCAUAGACGGUCGGGAUGUGUAAAAUGCGCGCGCUAUGCGCGUCAACAAAGUGCAAACAGCGUUAAGAGAUUGUUCAUCCUUUUGUUAUCUUAUCUUUGGUCGUUCUCUGCGCUACCAAUGACUUUCGAGGAGCUCUCUCCGCGAGUAUCUUGUACAUAAUGUAAAUGUCAUUUGAGCGUAGAUUCUAAUCGAUCUUAAUGCGAAGAUAGUAAUUUUAGUAGUAUUGGUAUGGACAAUGAGAUCGAUUUGAAUCUAUAUUUCUUUGAUGAUGACACCGAUAGGCUAUGAUGUUACUUCGUCGCAGCCUGAUCACGCAUCGCAUCGAGGAUUUUUUGUACAUAAAAAUUACAAAUUAGUCAGAUCAAUAUUAUAAUUAAUUCAGGCCAUUUUGUAAUUAAGUUAACGAUGGAUAAUCAAACAUUGCAAUAUAUCUCUGCAUAUCGGUUGGCGAAUUAGCAGAGUAAUCAAACGGACGUAGUGUCGUGAACAUGUUAUAAAUUUUUUUCUAAUGUUUGUAAUAACUUCGAGCGGUCAUUUUAUUGUGUAUAUAUAUAUAUAUGUAUAUGACAUACACCGCGAAACUUCAACGAGGCUUACCUUAUGUCGAUCUCUUUCUCUCAGUAUUGCUUUGUCAAUUUUUUUAAAGUAAGCGCUCACGAUCGAUGCUGUGAAUAGCAUAAAGUGUUACUAAUUCAUCGUUGCAAUUUACAAUUACAAAAUGUCUCAUUAAUAUACGGGGAUUAAUCCUUAAGUACUCGCCCAUCGGAUCAAUAUAUGACGUGAUCGAUUUUUCUUUCAAAAUAAAUUGUUUUUACAAAGAAAAACGAAGGAGCUAGUCUCAGUGUGCUCCGACAAGAGGAUUCUUGAAUUUUCGGGGGACAUGAAAUCUGAUUUUCUCUUUAUAAAAGAGAAGUAUCCGUUACACAGGUACUUGAGGAUUUUUAAUCCACAACAUCAUUAGCCAUUUCAAGUUCUAUCGAGUAGAAGUGAUUACAAAUAUUACUAAAUGUGCAAAUUUUUUGUUGUUACAUAUUGUAAAAAUUAUUUUUACGUUACUACAUUGAUGAAUAUAUAAUGCCAUGCAAUAUAA